AUGGGGGUUGCGGCAGGAGAAGAUUACAAGCGAAUCCACAGCUGCCCUCAGUGCAGGAAAACUUUCAUACCAAGGCCUGUCCUACAGAAGAACACCAUGCUAGCAGCUUUAGUGGAGCAGCUGAAGAACGUGGAACUCCAAGCUGCUCCUGCUGAUCACUGCUAUGCUGGACAUGCAGACGUGGCCUGUGAUUUCUGCACUGGAAGAAAACUGAAAGCCAUCAAGUCCUGUUUAAUCUGUUUGGCCUCUUAUUGUGAGAAACACCUUCAGCCUCAUUAUGAUUCAGAGACAUUUAAGAAACACAAGCUGGUGGAGCCGUCCAAGAACCUUCAGGAGAACAUCUGCUCUCAGCAUGAUGAGGUGAUGAAGUUGUUCUGCCGCACUGAUCAGAAGUGUAUCUGUCUCAUUUGUUUACUGGAUGAACAUAAAGGUCACGACACAGUGUCAGCUGCAGCAGAAAGGACUGAGAGGCAGAGAGAGCUGGAGGUGAGACGAGGAAACAUCCAGCAGAGAAUCCAGGACAGAGAGAAAGAUGUGAAGCUGCUUCAACAGGAGGUGGAGGCCAUCAAUCACUCUGCUGAUAAAACAGUGGAGGACAGUGAGAAGAUCUUCACUGAGCUGAUCCGUCUCCUCCAGAAAAGAAGCUCUGAUGUGAAGCGGCAGAUCAGAUCCCAGCAGGAAACUGAAGUGAGUCGAGUCAAAGAUGUUCAGGAGAAGCUGGAGCAGGAGAUCACUGAGCUGAAGAGGAAAGACGCUGAGCUGGAGCAGCUCUCACACACAGAGGAUCACAGCCAGUUUCUCCUCAACUACCCCUCACUGCCAGCACUCAGUGAGUCUACACACUCAUCCAGCAUCAACAUCCGUCCUCUGAGACACUUUGAGGACGUGGCAGCAGCUGUGUCAGAGCUCAGAGAGAAACUACAGGACGUCCUGAGAGACUCAUGGACAAACAUCUCACUGAUGGAACUGAAGAUGAUUUAAUAACAGAACCAGAACCAAAGACCAGAGCUGGAUUCUUAAAAUAUUCAUGUGAAAUCACUAUGGAUCCAAACACAGCAGACAGAUAUCUGGUACUAUCAGAGGGGAACAGGAAGGUGGCAGUGAUGCAUCAACUUCAGUCUUAUUCUAGUGAUCCAGGCAGAUUCAUUAAAAAGCCUCAGGUUCUGAGCAGAGAGAGUCUGACUGGACGAUGUUACUGGGAGGUGGAUUGCACUGACAGUUUAUGUAGCCGUUGGAUACCAAAAUAUGAGCAGAGCAGGAGAUGGGGAUGAAUGUUUAUUUGGAGGUAAUGACAAAUCUUGGGCUCUAUACUGUUCCUUAAGCAGUUUUUAUUUUGGUCAAAACAACAUCUGGACCUCCAUCUCAGGUUAGGUUUCUGUGUCAGUUGAGUCUCUGUGUUGUCCUGUCUACCCCUUGAGUGAUCCCAGCUGUGUCCUGUUCCCUUGAUUACUCCCUGUGUAUUUAAUCCCACUGUAUCUAUGUUCCCUCGUCUAUUCUGUCUGAAGUCGACUUUAUUCUCAGUUGCUACCAGUGUGAGUUUUUUGCCUCUGCUCACCUGUGCUGCCUGGAUUUGUGUGUUAUUCUUCAUUAGAUCAUCAUUUACUCUUCAUAUCUGGGUCCAUCUCAUCUACCUCACCUCCACAUAUGGUGACGGUUUCAUAGGGCUGUCUAUGGCCGAGCCCCGGGCUGGGGCUCAUAGCCUGCGGUUUUUACAGAAGCCUGAAGCAGCUAGCUUGGAAACCGACCCGUACCUGCUCCAUCCUGACAUGUUGAUCAAAUUACCGACUUUGCCUGAAUUCACACCACAUGAUUUAUAUCACCGUCAUAAACAGCGGUUCCCCUUAAACCGGAGCAGCCUUAAAAACGUACAAAACACAAGAUGCUAACCUAGCAUGUUUUUCCAAACAUGCUAGGCUACGGUGCGGCACUGUUUCCAUGGUUACUGAUAGUUAGACGUUUACCUUUGCCAUAAUGCAAUAUUUGACAUUUUUCUAAUCUAACUAA